AUGCGUUGGUUAACCUCAUUGGCACUCGUUGGUCUGGCCACUUUGGUCGUGUCGGAGACACCAAAUUUCGCUGUGCGUCGCGCUCGCUUCGCCAAUCCCUUGAUCAAGCUGGCCGUGCAGCCAGCUAUCGCCAGUGACGCCACAGAGGGAGUUGCUGCCGUUGCUCCAAUUGCUUCAGUUGCUGCUCCUUCAAUUCUGCCUUACGUAGGUGCUCCAUUAUCUCUUGCUAGUCAAUCCACAGGGGGAGUUGCUUCAGUUGCUGCUCCUUCAAUUCUACCCUAUGUCGGUGCUCCCCAAUACUGGGGUGGAUAUGGUGCACCCAACAACUGGUACGGCUGGAAUAAUCCCGCUCCAUUCUGGGGUGGCUACAAUCCCAGAAGCUGGAGUCCAUUUGGUGGCGCAUUCUGGCGUCCACGUCAACGUUCUCGCCGCGCUCGUCCUGCUGUCCAGGCUGCCCCUCUGCCUGCCGUCGUAGAGCCCAGCGCAGAAACUUUUGUUGCACCUGUUGAUGUGCCUGCUGAUUUGACUGUGGAAGCACCCGUCGAGGCCCUAGUUGCAGCCCCAGUUGAAGCCCCAGUUGAAGCUCCAGUUGAAGCACCAGUUGAAGCUCCAGUUGAAGCCCCAAUUGAAGCGCCAGUUGAAGCUCCAGUUGAAGCUCCAGUAGAAACUCCAGUGGAAUCACCUGUUGAGGUGCCUGUUGAAGUGGCUGCCGAUGUGCCUGCUGAAGUGUCCGCUGAAGUGGCUGCCGAAGUUCCUGCCGAAGCUGGAGCUGAAGCUGGAUCUGAUGCUAAUGUCGACGCUGAUUUGGCAGCAGCUGAAGCUGAACUUAAGGCUGCUUUGCAACCCAAGCUUUCUAUUGCGAUUGUCUAA